UAUGAAUCUUUGAUAUCAAUCGAGAAGCGGAUGCUGAAAAUUUUGAGUCAACCAUGGCGAUGGAGGCAUGGUUCAUGGAUGAGAGCGUUGAAGACCCAAGGCUUCCUCACCAUCUAAGCCCCAAAGAAUUUGUUCCUUUGGACCAUUUGGCAGAGCUGGGUGUGCUCUACUGGCGCUUGAACCCCAAGGACUAUGAGAAGGAUGAAAAGCUGCGCCAGAUUAGAGAAACCAGGGGUUAUAAUUACAUGGAUUUGCUUGAUAUAUGCCCUGAGAAACUGCAGAACUAUGAUGAGAAGCUGAAGAACUUCUACACGGAGCAUAUUCAUGGUGAUGAAGAGAUACGUUAUUGUUUAGAUGGAUGUGGAUACUUUGAUGUCCGAGACAAGGAUGAUCGUUGGAUUAGAAUCUGGAUUAAGGCCGGUGAUCUUAUCAUUUUACCUGCCGGAAUUUACCACAGGUUCACUCUAGAUACCAGCAACUAUAUUAAGUUGAUGAGGUUGUUUGUGGGAGAGCCUGUGUGGACUGCUUACAAUCGACCACAGGAAGAACAUCCAGCUAGAAAGGAGUACAUUGAGAGCUUCACUAAGAAACUUGGAGUUGCAUUAGAAGCUCAUUAAAGGGCUUCUUGUACUGUUCUUACAAGUCUUACUGUAUGGUAGUUUAUGUUGAAGCUCUAUAUAUAUGUUUUUACCUUUUGGAAAAAUGUAUGAAAAUCAGAAAAUGUACUUAAAAUGAAAAUCUCAGACCAUUUUCAAUACAACAUUGGCCUCUGCCU